AUGGCGCGCUCCGCCAUUGUCCAGGAGUAUAAUCCGCCUCCCACAACAACGCCCACUCUCAGUCUCGACCAGAAGGUUUCCCUUGAGCGACAGACAAAUGGUAUUCCUCGUCCGCAAGGCUACCGGGUCUCCUGGCACGCCAACCCGGCCGUGGAGCCACACCACUUUGGCCAGUCGCAUCCGAUGAAGCCCUGGCGGCUGACGCUCACGAAACAACUCGUCAUGGCGUACGGGAUGCAUCACGCGAUGGACCUCUACUUGGCCCGGGCGGCGACAUACGAGGAGCUGGCUGAUUUCCACACAACAGACUACCUGGAUUUCCUGCAGCAGGUAAUGCCGGGAGACAUGGAGAACCCGGCGCAGAGCGAGAAUGUCGCACGGUUCAACUUUGGCGACGACUGCCCCAUCUUCAACGGGCUGUACAACUACUGCUCGCUGUACGCGGGCGGCAGCAUCGACGCGGCACGCAAAUUGUGCAACAACCAGUCCGAAAUCGCGGUGAACUGGUCCGGGGGCCUGCACCACGCCAAAAAGGCCGAGGCGAGCGGCUUCUGCUACGUCAACGACAUCGUCCUCGGCGUCCUGCAGCUGCUGCGGCACCACCCGCGCGUCAUGUACAUCGACAUUGACGUGCACCACGGUGAUGGCGUCGAGCAGGCCUUCUGGUCGACCGAUCGCGUCCUCACCGUCUCCUUCCACAAAUACGACCGCGACAACUUCUUCCCCGGCACGGGCCCUCUGGACAGCAACGGCCCCACCCACCCGCUCAAUCCGGGCGCCCACCACGCUAUCAACGUCCCCCUCAACGACGGCAUUGACGACGAGUCCUACAUCCAGCUCUUUCGCGACGUCAUCGGCCCCUGCAUCAACACCUACCAUCCCGGCGCCAUCGUCCUGCAGUGCGGUGCCGACUCGCUCGGCUGCGACCGCCUCGGCUGCUUCAACCUCAACGUCGGCGCCCACGGCGCCUGCGUCGCCUUCGUCAAGACCUUUGGCCUCCCGAUGCUCGUCGUCGGCGGCGGCGGCUACACCCCGCGCAACGUGUCCCGCGCCUGGGCCCACGAGACCUCCAUCCUCAUCGACGCCCAGGACCUCAUCGACCCCAACAUCCCUGACACCGUCGCCUUCCGCAACCACUUCGGCCCAGACUACUCCCUCUUCCCGCCCCUGUCCGAGAUGCGCAAGCUCGAAAACAAGAAUACCCGCCAGUACCUCGCCAGCCUCGUCCAAACCGUCCACGAGCAGCUCCGCUACAUCAAGGGCGCCCCCAGCGUGCAGAUGAGCUUCAUCCCCCCGGACAUUCUGGGCCUGCGCGAGGACACGGAGAAGGAGAUUGAGGAGGCCACCGCCAUGCUUGAAGAGGAGCGCGAGGAGCGGGACGGCGCCGGCGGCACAGUGGCCAAGGCCGGUCGACGGCGGGAGCUCGAGAAGGGUCUGGGGACCCGUGGGGAACUGUAUGCAUGA